GCUGGCUGGGAAAACCCAUGUCUAAAAAUAGCUUUUAAACUAUUAUGUAUGCAAGGAUAGUCGUAGACUCUACACUGGCCUGGGCAGUAAUAAUGUAAACAGAUACCUUAGAAUUCAAAACGAUAUACUUGGUUUUUCCAAUGUUUCAAGGGACCAACCAAUAAAGCGUUCAUCCAUCGGAAGUGCGUAUCUAGAAGACAUUUUAUGCUCCAUGGUUAUUUCAAUCGUUUCAGUGCCUCAUCGGACUGGCUUUCUAUAAUUCGCUCGCGCAGUUGGAUAUACUUUGUGCCUCUGAUGAUAUUUCUAAAUCUGUGUUUUGGACAGACGUAGCAAGCUAGCUCACAUCUCAUUUUCACAAUAUUGUGUCGUCAUCAAAUGAUGCUGGUUUUAGUUUUCAGUUUGAUGAUAAUGGUUCUCUUAAAUUGUGCAAUGACACCAGCACAGAAGAUGGCUUUAGCAAUGUGUGAACCUGGAUACUACGCAUCAUCGCUGAUGACAAACAGUGUGAAUCCGUGCAUUCCUUGCUCUCGAUGUCAACCGGGUUAUUACCAGAUCAGUAGCUGUAAUGCUACGGAUGAUACCAUGUGUGCUGUAUGCCCUACGAAUACAUACUCCAAUGGUUGGACGUCUUUAUCUGUGUGUAAGCCAUGUAAAGUAUGUGGCAUACAUCAGCUAAGCGAUCCUUGUACACCAAUGAAAGAUACCUUGUGUAGGACGAAAUGCAGCACAGGUAAGGAACUCUGGGCUCCAAUUGUAUCUCAUUUCUUCUUUUUUUCUUGUGAUAAUAACUAA